AUGGAAGGACUUAAUAGAGUAUUUGGCCAGGAUGUCUUGAAGAGAGUGAAAACCUGCAAGUUUCAUUUUAAGCAGUGUCGGAAUCGCCAGACCUACAUGUUUCAUGAAGAAACAAGAAGGCAGUUUAAAAGUUUAUCUGAAGCUCUGCUAGAAGCACAAUCUCUGACCAGUUAUGAGAAAGUGAAAGAAAACUUUAUAUCAGAGGAAUCAGAAUGGACAAGUUUGAAAUCAUGGUUGGAGUGGUGGAACAAGAGACAGGCAUUUAUCUUCCUGGCAUUCCAGUACACUAAAGAUGGCUAUAAGAUGAAUUUAGCUGAGGUAGUCCAUGCUAGCUGGGUGAAAUGA